UUGACACACUCACUUAAGAGUGUCACACACACAUACAGAGGCUGAAGCCAUAAAAAGAACACACUCCUGAACUCUAUCGGUGGGGAGAACAUAGCUAUCGGAUGAGAUGUGCUUCCAAACGCGCACCGAUGGCGGUGUGAGGCGUUUGGCUUGAGAAGUACGAGCGGCGCUCUGGAUUUGUGGGAAUUUUUUUUUUUUUUUUUUUUUUUUAUUUGGUUUUUGCUCAUCGGCUGAAUCCUGAUUGAGGGAAAUUAACAAAGCCAUGGAUUACUCAUUUUGUCUAUUCCUACUCUUGACAACCAUUUCGUCUGUGCCGGGCGUGCAAUUCCCAACGGAGCAGAUAGUAAAGGAAUGGGUGGACCAGAUGCAAAAUGAUUUGAUCACAUUAAUAGACACAGCCACUGGCAUGCAGAGCCUAACAGAGAUAUAUCAUAAACACAGGAAGCAUUUUAAAGUGGAGUCCAAUAACGCGGGGGAACUGGUGGCAACAGCUGCUGGUAACAUUGACAGACUGCUGGCUAACCGCUCCAAAGCCCUAGAGAGUCUGGCAGUAGAAGCAGAAAAGCUUCAGAUGGAACACGUGUGGCAGGACGACACUGAUGUCAAGAAAUUCAUUUAUUACAAUGCCAAAGAUGGUCUUAAUGAGACAGUUGCAAACAAGGGAACUGACGAGGGGAAAGAUGACACAGUGGAAAAGAGGAUCCCAUAUAUUCCAGGAGAUUUCCAUUUUGACUCGGACUUCAAACGUCAGGUCUCCUACAACACAACUGCGGUCCACAUCCCUACUGACAUAUAUGAAGGGUCUACCAUCAUUUUGAAUGAGCUAAACUGGACAGAAGCCUUGGAGGAUCUUUUCCGGAAGAACAAAGAGGAAGAUCCCUCACUCCUCUGGCAAGUGUUUGGGUCUGCCACAGGAUUGGCUCGUUACUUCCCAGCAUCCCCAUGGAUGGACGUAAGCAAAACACCCAAUAAGAUUGACCUCUAUGAUGUGCGCAGAAGACCAUGGUACAUCCAGGGGGCGGCCUCACCCAAGGACAUGCUGAUCCUAGUGGAUGCGAGUGGCAGCGUCUCAGGGCUCACUCUCAAACUCAUCAAAAUAUCCGUCGGCAAGAUGCUGGAGACCCUCUCGGAUGAUGACUACGUGAAUGUGGUUUAUCUCCCUUCGUUCAACGACAAGGCCAUGUUUGCGGCCUGCUUUGAGAACCUUGUGCAGGCCAAUGUGAGGAACAAGAGGAUUCUGAAAGAUGCUGUGGAGAACAUCACUGCGAAGGGUAUCACCAACUACACAGCUGGCUUUGACUGGGCCUUUAAGCAGCUCAAAAAGAUGGAUGUGCCGAGGGCCAACUGUAACAAGAUUAUUAUGCUUUUCACUGAUGGCGGAGAGGAGAGAGCAGAAAAGAUCUUUCAAGUUGAAAACCCACAUCAAAACGUGCGCGUCUUUACAUUUUCAGUAGGUAAACACAACUACGACAAAGCACCGAUACAGUCGAUGGCCUGCGAUAAUAAAGGUUAUUACUACGAGAUCCCAUCUAUAGGUGCCAUUAGGCUAAAUACUCAGGAGUACCUGGAUGUUUUGGGCAGGCCUAUGGUUAAAGCUGACAAAAAGGCCAAGCAGGUUCAGUGGACUAAUGUCUACCUGGAUGCUUUGGAGCUUGGCCUGGUAAUCACUGGAACUCUGCCUGUCUUUAACAAAACCAACACAAAGAAAUCUCAAAACCAGCUUAUCUUGGGGGUUAUGGCUAUUGAUGUCUCCCUGGAGGAUAUCAGGAGACUGACGCCCGAGUAUACUUUUGGCCCAAAUGGCUACUACUUUGCCAUUGAUCCAAAUGGAUACGUGUUGCUCCAUCCUAAUCUGAACCCACAGACUGCCAAGUUUCAUGAACCUGUAACACUGGAUUUCCUGGAUGCAGAGCUUGAGGAUGAGAUCAAAGUGAAGAUAAGAAAAGAAAUGAUCGAUAAUAAAAAGGGGAAUUACACUAUAUCUACGCUGGUGAAAUCUACAGACAAGCGUUACAUUGAUCGAGGUCAGAGGACGUACACCUUUGCACCGGUGAAAGGGACGGACUACAGCCUGGCCCUCGUCCUACCCGAGUACAGCAUGCAUUACAUCCGUGCCACAAUCGGCGACACAAUCACCCAGGCAAAAUCAUUUUUGGGGAAAAAUGUUUCUGAAAGCCUCAUGGCUGACAAGUUUGAAGAAUAUGGCUACACACUGAUUGCACCGAGGGAUUACUGUAAGGACUUAAAGCCCGACACCAACAACACUGAGUUUCUCAAGAAAUUUAACGACUACAUUGACACAAAGACUCCAAACAACCCCAUGUGUAAUGUGGACCUGGUGAACCGAUUGCUCCUUGAUGCUGGAAUCACCUCAGAUCUAAUCAAGAUUUGGAAAGAAAAUGAGCCGAUGGAUGGUGUCUUGUCCAGAUUUGUUGCCACUGAUGGAGGGAUCACACGAGUCUACCCCACAAGUUAUGGCCUGGACUGGAGAGGAGAAGCAGAGACGUAUGAUUUAAGUUUCUAUAAGCGAAGCUUGGACAAUGAUCUGUACAUCUUCACUCCAACAGUAUUCCAAAAUAGCUCUGAAUAUGAGGGCUCAGUCCUAGUGAGUAAAGCAGUAAACCUCAAGAUUGAUGGUAUCACGCUCAAACCAGCUGUGGUCGGUGUGGAUUUGGAGAUAGACACGUGGAGAGAGCGCUUCUCCAACGCCACAUUCAAAAAGGAUUGCAAGCAUGAGAUCUGUGGCUGUAAGAUAGGUGAUGAGAACUUAGACUGUUACAUUCUGGAUGAUGGAGGCUUCUUGGUGAUGACCAAUCAGAUUGACCAUUUUAACAAGAUUGGGAAAUUCUUCGGUGAGAUUGACCCCUGCCUCAUGAGAGCCUUGAGCAACUCGUCCUUCUUUACCUCUAAGAGCACAUACAACUACCAGUCGCUCUGUGAUCCCAAGAAGGAAAACAAAACGUCUGCAGGCGUGCGAUCCAUCUACGUGCCCACAAUAGCAGAUAUAUUGAAUUUAGGAUGGUGGGCAACCGCUGCUGCCUGGUCAAUAAUGCAACAGAUAAUGGUCAGCAUCACAUUCCCUAACUUCCUGGACGCAGCUACUGAUGAUGCACCAGAUUCGGAGAAGGAAGUCUGCAUCAAGGAGGAAAUUCAGUACUUCUUUGAGAGCGACAGCCUGACUUUCAGAGAUGAAAUCGGCACAGAGCAGUGCAGCAGGCAAUACCAUGCUGAAAGGCUGCCCAAGACGAACCUUGUCUUCAUCGUUACAGAUACAGAACGUCUUUGCAAAUGUCAGGAAAAGAUAUUAAAGCAGGAAGAACAGGAAUCAAAUGGGCCUGAUCCUUGUGAAAUGGCUUCCAAUCCUCGGUACCGGAAAGGGCCUGCAGUGUGUUUUGAUAACAAUAGUCACGAUGAGGUCAUGUGCCGAAGGAGCGCAGGCUCCCCAUUGGCUUCUUCUCUGCUCAUGUUACUGCUGCCGCUGUUCAUGUGCUGUCUCGGGAACAUAAGCCUGACUGUGGUGGAGUGUCCGGCUUGACUCCGUCGCUGUGGCUAAUGCUGUUCCUUCAGCUGGUACUGGUCUGGAUUGGGACUGACUCCAGACACCAUGCCAUCCCAUCAUGACCUCUGAACAACGUAAUCGAACCCUGUAUUUCCACCCCUCCGUAUCUCUAACAUGGCAACCAGCAUGCAGCGCUACCACCAAAACGAUGAGCGCCCGAUGAGAAGCGCUUGUAACAAACAAAAACCUGUGAGCCCCGCGUUCUGCCAGUUUCUUCUUUAUUUUCAGGGGUUUCUCUUAAGUGAUUUCACCAGGGUACAAGUGACGAAAGAAAUGCAUAUCAGAAGAUAACGAUUUGAAAGCUAGGAAAAAGACCUCAGCUAAUACCUGUCCAUCAUUGCUUAAAUGGUACCCGCCAGCUGAGAUUAGAGGAAUCCAAAGAUAAAUUUUGAUUGGCGACUUCUUGUCUGACCUGGUUUCUUUUAAAGAGACUGAGCUGCCUUACAGUAUCAGAGGGAUUUAAAUCACAAUGGACUUGCUGUUUAUUGAAUAUGUUGAGCAGUUAUAUUCACCACUGCCAGAAACAGCCCUGCCCUCUGCAAGAGUAUAUUUUGAAUCAAUUUGCAGUGGUUAGUUAUUAGGUAUUUAUUGUUUUUGUGGUUAAGAAAUUGGCCAAUAUCAGAGCAAGAGAUGCCAAAUCAUCACAUCAUCAAAAGCUCUUGUCCUUCAUUUGCCUCAUCUGGGUUGUUCAUAAUAAUAUUGUCUCAGUCUGAUUUUUAGAUACCAUUACCCAGAGCAUUUUGCAAGUGUCUCUGAGGGCAUUGUCUUCACUUUACUAUGCUGUUCUUUAAUGUCGAUGCUGUUUUUGCAGUGUGAAAGUCAUGUUCAUUGUUCUGUUUUUUUGCACAAACGCCGAUCCUUCUACUGCCACAGAGUGCUUGUUUCUGAGUGUACGGAUUUGAACUUUUUAGCUGAUCAUAUGGAUUUUCUGCCUUGGUUUUGGAUUGCCCCGUUAAAAACACUACUGCCAUAGCACGAAUAAACCAGUCAGGACAAGCUUGGCUGGUGUCCUGUGUGUGCUCAGUGGACAAAAUCUCUAGUGCCAUGUGGACUGUGUGACA